AUGGUGGGCCAAAAUAAACACCGUGAACUUGAAGAUGGCGAUGAGGUCACCAUCCUAGAUGAAGCACGUUUUGUUUUCAGAUAUCCUCGGACACGAGACACCAAUCGUUUCCGCCAACAAUAUAGGCUUCUGCAACAGCUUGGGAAAGGCCAUUUCGCCACAGUCUACCUUUGCGUAGAACGGUCUACGGGGGCUCAGUAUGCCGUGAAAGUUUUUGAGAAACGUUCUGGUGACUCGCAGCGCUCCCAGAACGAGGUUCUCCAUCAGGAAAUCGGUAUCUUGAAGGGCGUCAGUCAUCCGAAUCUGCUUUGCCUCAGAGAUACAUUCGAUGAAAGCGACGGCGUUUAUCUUGUCCUGGAACUCGCUCCAGAAGGCGAAUUGUUCAACUUGAUUAUCAGCCGGCAGAAAUUCUCUGAAAGUGAGACUCGUUGCAUCUUUAUCCAAUUGUUUGAGGGGCUGAAGUAUUUGCACGAUCGAGGUAUCAUUCAUCGUGACAUUAAACCUGAAAACAUUCUGGUCGCAGACAAAGAGUUGACCGUGAAACUUGGUGAUUUUGGGUUAGCCAAGAUUAUCGGUGAAGACUCGUUUACUACCACACUAUGCGGCACACCAACCUAUGUCGCGCCAGAAAUACUACAGGAGCGGCGCUAUCGGAAAUACACAAAGGCUGUGGAUGUCUGGUCUCUCGGAGUCGUCUUAUACAUAUGCCUUUGCGGUUUUCCCCCAUUCUCUGACGAAUUAUACACACCUGAGCACCCGUACACUUUAGCACAGCAAAUACAACAAGGGAGCUUCGACUAUCCGUCUCCGUAUUGGGACACUGUGGGUGAUCUGGCAUUGGAUCUGAUAGACCGAAUGCUCACAGUUAACGUUGACGACCGAAUUACGGUGGAUGAAUGCUUGGAGCACCCCUGGAUUACAGGAAAGCAGCCUAGUGUUUCUGACAGCACAGACGGCCUGACUGGGGCCUUGGGAAAGCUAGACUUCUCAAAAAGAAAGCUAGCGCGCGAAAGGACACUUCUCAGCAAUAUCAAUGAUGUUGGCUACAGUGAACAUGAGCAGAAAAGUGGUGCUCCUGUCAAAGUUUUCCACAAAAACAAUGCUGGCAAACGUGUUCACAACCAUCCAGCAAAGAAUGCACAAGAGCGUGAAGUAUCCCCUAACGAGAAAAGUGCCCCGAAUAACUUCGUCAACCUUGGAGAACAAGGUGAUCCAGUUUUGUUCGAUGAUAACCUGAGAAAGGGGCGUAACUGA